AAACUUCCUCUGUUUUAUUAAAGCUUCCUCCUGAAGAGGGCGAAAGACUCUAGAAACAGAAACAGUAUCUAUAGGAAGAAGAAUGGGUAUUUCUCAUUACCCGACAGCGUCUGAAGGAGUGAUGCCAAUGCUAGUAAUGAACACAGUUGUUUCAGUGUCUCUAGUAAAGAACAUGGUAAGAUCUGUUGUCAACAUGGUGAGCUCUGAGACCAAUGAGGCAAGGAACAAAGAGGACGACCAAGAUCAUGAGGAUUCAAAAAGAAGAAGAAGAAUCUCAAUCACACACUUUGAAUCUCUGUGUGAGAACAGAGGAAGCAGGAACGAGAGAGAAGCUAUGGACUGUUGUGUGUGUCUUUGUGGGUUUAAAGAGGAGGAAGAGGUGAGUGAGUUAGUGUCCUGCAAGCAUUACUUUCACUCAGCUUGUUUGGAUAAAUGGUUUGGUAAUAACCACACAACUUGUCCUCUCUGCAGAUCCAUCCUUUAGACUUUCCUUUUAUGGCUUUUCACAAUUUUUUUUUAAAUGUUUUCUAGUUUCUAUUUUGGGAAACUCAGAUUCUGUUGUGUCCACUUUGUGGGUUUUGUAAGGUUUUUUAUAACGAAUAAAUGUGCUUUUGAU